UUUUUCGGUUCAGUCUAUUCCCGGAGAUCAGAGCCACCAGCGCACCUCCUCCUGCGGAGUCAUGAAGGGGGAUCCACAUCCUCGGCAUCUCUCCAGCGGAACGGAGCAUCCCUCCAGGCUUCAGAAGGACGAGGAGGAGGAAGAGGAGGAGCCCUCUGGUACAGAGGAAGGGUCGCCCAAGUCCCCACUCUGGGUCUUCGGUUACGGUUCGCUGGUUUGGAGACCCGAUUUCGAAUUCACUUCCCGCAAAGUGGGCUGUAUCCGGGGCUACAGCCGCCGCUUCUGGCAAGGAGACACUUUCCACCGGGGUAACGAAAAAAUGCCUGGAAGAGUGGUUACCCUUCAGGAAGAUUAUAAUGGGUGCACGUGGGGUGUUGGCUAUGAACUUCACGGGCUUCAAAUUGCUGCUGUCCUUAAAUAUCUGAACAUGCGGGAAGCCGUGCUUGGAGGCUACGACACCAAGCUGGUGAAGUUUUAUCCCCAGGAAGGAGAGGCAGAUGAACCUGUUCUAGCUCUUGUUUAUAUUGCGACCCCCCAGAAUCCCUCCUAUCUGGGGCCAGCAUCUGAAGAGGAUAUUGCAGCUCAAAUCAUCGUCUCCAGUGGGCGGGCCGGCCACAACAUUGAGUACCUUCUGCGGCUGGCAGACUUCAUGCGCUACUGUUGCCCUCAAGUAGAAGAUGAACAUUUGUUCUCGAUUGAGGAAGCUCUGAUCUCUAUCCUGCCCUGUAUAUAUCCUGCUGAGGAGCCCUUGGUACAACAAUGAAUCUGACAGUAUUCACCAAAGUGAAAUUGGAUGAACACUUUUUAACCAAGGACGAUAUACAUGAACUAAUGCAACUGAAGUCAGGUUUUAAAACCUGUACAUGUAGACCUUGGGAGAGAAAAGUAGUGGAGGCACGGUAGUAGCACUACAAUUUAAGUAGCAUUGGACUCUAGCCCCAUUUCUAGCCUUGAGUAGAGAUUGGAGAGAGACCCAUUGCUAUUCUACCAGCUGCUGGUGAUACAAAGCUGGUUGAAAAAUACUUCCUAGUCUCAUUUGUAUACUCGACAGAUUACGUCCUAAAUUUAAUAGGGCUUUUACUUUAGAGUUCAUGCAAGUGGGGCUGUUGCUGUUUGCACUUUUAGCCAAAUUAACAGUGUUCUUUGAAUUGUCGAAGGGAAAGGGGGAUUAAGAUAAACUAUGCUUUUCUUUGCAUGUUUCCAUCCAAAGCCAUGACGAUAAUGCUAUGAGCUUUGCUCUACCUCACAAGCUGAUGCUGCACAUGUGAAGUUGUGAUGGUUUUCAAAAGUUCCUCCAACCCUGGUCAUGGUAUCCUCAUGUUUGCUCACAUGCUGGGCUUUUUAGUGGCAAAUGAACUUUGAUUUUAAACUUUGGUGGGGCCAAACCUCCUUAGGCAGUUAGUGUACUAUUUUUUUUUAUAACUUGAAAAUGUAUUUAUUGUAAUGAAGUGUCCUGCAGAGCAGGGCAGAUUGCUAGCUUGGAAGGUGGCAGGGGAAAUUGGGUCUUCUGGUUUUAGAUUUUUUUCCUCUCUCUUAGACAGACAGAUGGGAGCUUCAGACCAGGGCAGCUGCUACAAGGUUACUCGUUUGAGACAGCUUUCGGUUAAUAGAAGUGUUGCACUACCUACACACAAUAGAGACGCUUUUACCUUACAAUAAUCUUUUGUGUCAGUUUAUGUAACUUGGCAUACUAUGCUCAAGUUCUGCCUGCAUUUCAAAUAAUAAAGUGGGCACUUAAUGUCUGGUUCUCCCAAAAUCACAAGAAAUUCAACGUUUCUGAGAAUAAUGUGUGGAAAUAAAGAAAGAUCUGUGCUGAAUAGUGUAGUCUGAAAGACACAAUUCAAUAAAGCCGAUAAGAAUAAUUACUUUCUGAUGCAGCCUUUGGGAGAGACUUCAUCCUGGAAUUUGUUUA